AGAAACCGAGCAUGUGGGCCCCACGAAACCGGACCGCGUGGCAACCUCUUCCUCCGCCUCGUCGUCGUUUCGAACUGUGGGUGGCAUCCGAAUCGACCGAACCGAGACGCCAACGAGCCCGAUUCGCCUGAGCCCAGCCCAAGCUAGGUUUUCCUCCGCCGCGCCGGCGCUAGGUCACCACCCCCAGCCGCCGCCAUGUACAACGGCAUCGGCCUGCAGACCCCGCGGGGGUCCGGCACGAGCGGGCACGUCCAGGCGAGCAGGUUCCUCGCCAAGCCCCGACCGUCCUCCUCCGCGGCCGCCGGCGGCGGCGGGACCCCCGACCCGCUGCGCACCGGCUCCGGCCUCGAAGGGACGCGGAAGCCGAACAAGGACAUCCUGGAGCACGACCGGAAGCGGCAGGUGGAGCUGCGGCUGCUCGUGCUGAGGGACGCGCUCGAGGAGCAGGGGUACACGGAGGCCGAGAUCGUGGAGCGCGUCGAGGAGGAGCGCAAGGCCGCCGAGGCCGAGGCGGCGGCGGAGGAAGGCCAGCAUUGUGCCCAGGGCAAAGGGUUCAUGAACACGCAUGGUCACCAUGCCGCAGCGCGGAAGGAGAACCAGCUGCAGACUAUGAGGGGUGCUCUUGGGCUAGACGCAGAAAGUGAUGUGGAGCCUGGAGAGCUUGUUCCAAGGAAGCAGGGGACGAUGAUGCGACUUGCAGCAAGACCUGUAGGAAGGGUAAAGCAUGAAUGUAAUUUAGAUGCAGACUAUGAUCUUGACCUCAGGAAGUCGGAGAAGUAGGAGAGUUUCGUGUUUGCGUACUUACAUGAGGCCUAGAACGCACCUAAAUUAGAGUACCGCUACCUGAAACCAAAAAUGGCAGAGUGGCAGUAGUAUGCAAAUCGUUCUGAAUCAGUGAGAAGAGGUCACCUGGAUGUAUAAACUGAAACAUCUUCCAUCUUUUUAAUUCUAGGGACUCGUGAGAAAGUAA